GGAAAUAAUUCAUCAUUUUACAUCAUUGAAAAAAAUAUUUUUUGUUUCAUCGAAAUAGUUUCGUUAUUGAUCUGAAUUAGAUUUACUUUAAUAAAAAAAAAUAUAGUAAUGUAUUGAAACUUUUUCAAAUAAAUAUAUUAUAUAAUUAGUUUCUGAAGAAAUAUCAAACAAUUCCAACUUAAUUUUCUACAACGAGAAGUCAUUUUUUCUAUUUUAUCUUCAAAUAUUAUUUAUUGAAACGUUUCUGAAUGGAAACAAUAGGAUAUUCGAGAUUUUUUUUUCUCUGUAAUUUAAUUUGACACGUUAAGUAUAUCAAAUAGAUCAAAAAGACAGAAUACAAAUAGCAAUGAGUAAAAUAUGAGCUAAAUUGUGGAUUAUUGGUGUGUAUGAAAAGAAGCUCAUAUACAUGCACAUAUUCAUUAUUCUGUUGUCUUAAUCUUUGGAUUGAAUCGAAUUUAUAUACUAAACUUGCAUUAUAAUCUUUACUGAAUAGAGUUCGAGAAUGAAAACGACAACAUCAUUACAAUUUUAAUCAUACGACUUUCAACAUCAGUCAAAACUUCUUUACAAAUGUAACUCUAAAAACUCUAUCUAGACAUGAUAUUCAUUCUCUCUGAGUUUUGUUAAACCAGUCGUUAUCUUUAUUAUCAACAAAUAGCGAAAUAAAAAGAAAUUUAUUACAAGAUAAGUUCAUAAAUAGUGAAAUGCCUUGUUUUCUUUUUAUGAUAUCUGAGAUUUCUUUUGUCUUCAUCUUAUUUUGCUAAUAAGUAUUCUAUGCAUAGAAACGGGUUAAUAUACAUUAUUGUUUGAAAAUGUAUAAUGAAUUUCUAUAGAAGUAGGUUAAUUGUUUCGGUCAAUUUAUAGAGUAUAAGAUCGUGUGGAGACGAUAAAAGCAUAGGUAAAAGGUGAUUAUUGAAGUUCUUCUACUAUUCUUGAUGAAACUAUUAUUAUUAACAAGAUAGAUACACAGAAUGUUAUGAGUCUAACUUUUAAUCAUCACAACAUACAAACGCGAUUUCAAGUUAUAUGUAAUCAAUGGACCACAAAAUAAUACUAUACAACAAUAUCUUUUUACUCAUUAAUUCUAUGCUUAUUUCUUUAAAAGUAAAAAAAAUAUUCAGAAGGGUGUGGGUGGGUGUGGGGUGGCUAGGGUGUGGGUGUGGGUGUGGGUGUGUGGGUGUGGGUGUGGGUGUGGGUAUGGGUGUGGGUGUGGGUGUGGGUGUGGGUGUGGGUGUGGGUGUGGGUGUGGGUGUCGGUGUGGGUGUGAGUGUGGGUGUGGGUGUGGAUGUGGGUGUGGAGUGUGAGUGUGGGUGUGGGUGUGGGGUGUGAGUUUUAAUCGUCUCUUCAUCCACACCCACACCCACAAUCACACUCCACACCCCACACCCACACCCUAUUUAUGUUUCAACAAUUCUAUUGGUAGUUCAAAGUUAUGAUUCAUACAUAUGUUAUUUAUUUUAUUUUAACCCAUUUAAGUCUUUUAAUUGUUGAUUUCAUUAUUCAACUGACUUUGUUCAAUUGAUUAGUUAAUACGUUGCUGUUUUACUUAAAUUUAGUAGUGAUUCAUACGCAUAAGCAUCCAUCAAGUCAAAUAUUCAGAAUCAGCUGAUUAUGUUGAUUGAUUUCUUAUGAUGAUUACAUUUAUUUAUUUAUUUUUUAUUAUUGUUUGUCUAUUUAGAAUUGAAUCUUCUUCUUUAUCAUUCACUUCAAUUGUAAUACACAUUGUUAUUUAAUUAUCUACGUGAAGUUGCUGUUAUUGAUCCAUCAUCAAUUCAUUUCAAUCAACACGACCACCACCAUUACGUCAACCAAAAUCGAAAAAGAAGAUAAAAAACAUUAAUGUUCAAAAAUUGUCGAAGAUAUUUACAUCCAUUAAGGAUUCUGACUAUGAAUUAAUAUCAUCAGAUGAUGAAAUUUAUUUAAAUCAAUUGAUAGAACCAGUUGUAAACGUCCAUCCUCCUGAAGAUCAAAUUAAUAAUGAUAAUAUUACACAAGAUGUUAUUCGAGAUUUAGAUGAUGAUGCUAAUGUCGAAUUACAAAUUGAAGAACCAACAAUUGAUGCUAUAAUGAACGAUGAUGAUGAUCAAAUGAAUAGUGUUAACAACCACUCCGUGGUUGUUGACGGGAUGAAUAAUCCAACUGAACAUCACCACCAACGAAUCAAGAAAAAACGAUCACUUCAAGCAAAACAAAAAAAGAACCGAAAAAGAAACAACCAAUUACGAUUACUUCGAUAUAAAUAUUAUUUAACAAGAUCAUAUUACUAUCGAUUUAAAUCAAGAACCGUUAAAAAAGUUCUUCGAUACUAUGGUGUACAAUAUCGACACAUAAAAUUUCAAGACGAUCGAGUGGUUAUUGGUGUUAAAAGAGAAAUUAUUGGAGAUUUAGAAGGUGAUCAUUAA